AAAAAUAAUAUUUUUCUUGUUAAACCAUUCAUUCACGUUUCCUCGCUCUGAUAAACCCUCGUAGCCGUUCUCACAAAUCUUUUCACAGUCUCUCAAAGAUGGGUCCUCCUGUUAGAGGUCGUGGUGGUUCUGGUGGAGGUUUUAGGGGUGGAAGAGGUGGAGACAGAGGAGGUAGAAGUUUUGGUGGUGGACGAGGUGGUGGAAGAGGAGGUGGUAGAGGUACCCCUUUCAAGUCACGAGGUGGCGGUAGAGGUGGACCCAGAGGAGGAGGUCGUGGAGGUCCUAGAGGAGGCGGAAUGAAGGGAGGUAACAAGGUUAUUGUUGAGCCUCAUAGACAUGAAGGUACUUUCAUUGCUAAGGGCAAGGAAGAUGCUCUUGUUACUAAGAAUCUUGUUCCUGGUGAAGCUGUUUACAAUGAGAAGAGGGUUACUGUUCAGAAUGAGGAUGGUACAAAGGUUGAGUACAGAAUUUGGAAUCCUUUCCGUUCCAAGUUGGCUGCUGCUGUUCUUAAUGGGGUUGACAACAUAUGGAUGAAACCUGGUUCCAAAGUUCUCUACCUAGGAGCUGCUUCAGGAACAACUGUGUCUCAUGUGUCUGAUAUUGUUGGACCAACCGGAGUUGUCUAUGCAGUAGAGUUCUCCCAUCGCAGUGGCCGUGAUUUGGUCAACAUGGCUAAGAAGCGUACCAAUGUCAUUCCCAUUAUUGAAGAUGCUAGACAUCCAGCCAAGUACAGAAUGUUGGUUGGCAUGGUAGAUGUUAUAUUUUCUGAUGUUGCUCAACCUGAUCAGGCAAGAAUUUUAGGUUUGAAUGCUUCAUAUUAUCUCAAAGCUGGAGGUCAUUUUGUUAUUUCUAUCAAGGCCAAUUGCAUCGAUUCCACAGUCCCUGCUACGGUAGUCUUCGAUAAUGAAGUGAACAAGUUGAAGGCAGAUCAAUUUAAGCCAAUUGAGCAAAUUACUCUUGAACCAUUUGAGAGGGACCAUGCUUGUGUUGUUGGUGGCUACAGAGUGCCUAAGAAGAAGAAAGAUGCAGAGUAAUUUUGAGAAAACAUGUACUAUUUAUUGCCUUGUGACUUAUGUAACUUGGAAUUUUUGAUCAACUGCGAUUUAGGAUUUUGUUUUAGUUUUGUUUGAAUGAAUACUUUAUAUCUUGGUACGUAUUGUGAUGCUUCCUAGUAUGAUAAAUUAUGUGGUUUAUAUAUAUUUGCAAAUCAUAUGUUUA